GAUCUGGUUCUGGGUAUCGCCAUGAUACACCGUCUGCUCUCUUGAUUUCCGUAUGGCGUCUGCCACUCUUUGCCGGGCACUGCGCCCGGGCCCCUCCCCUCCACCGUCGCUCACGAGCAUUACCUUUACUCAGCGUCAUCUCCGCUCUCUACCUCCUCGUCCUUGUCCAGCCCAACCGCUCUGUCACCAAAGACAUGUACAUUCUGGCGGGUUUCAACCAUUCGUACCUAUAUCACCGAGCUCCUUAGGGAAGCCGGUUCCCGCAAGGACUUACCGUCGAACCCGAAAAUGGCUUCGUCGUUUCUUUUACCUUUCAUUGGCAACGGGCAUCGUGUACGUCUUCGACAAUCAAUUCUACGCUUCCUCUAUCACUCGAACCGCUCGUACAUUCUCACUGGGAGUGCUUGUUGCCUUAGACUACAAGAUCAAUUUCCGCCCGAACCCCCCUCUCGCCGGUUCCAUCGCAGACGUCCAUGCCCGAAACGCCGAGCGACUGUCGGACCUCUUGCGGCAUAAUGGGGGACUAUACCUGAAGAUUGGCCAAGCUAUCGCCAUGCAAUCGGCUAUAUUACCACCGGAAUUUCAGAAGAUGUUCGCGCGAAUGUUUGAUGAUGCGCCACAGAAUAGUUGGAAGGACGUGGAGAAAGUCAUACGAGAGGACUUUGGUAAAUCCGCGGAGGAGGUCUUCGGUGUUUCCUUUAGCGGCGAUCCUACAAAGGGUGUCAUGGAACGUGUGGCCAGAGCGAGUGCCAGUGUAGCUCAGGUGCAUUGGGCCCGGUUGGCAGACGGAAGAGAAGUUGCUAUCAAGAUUCAGAAACGAGAGAUUGCGCAACAAAUACAGUGGGAUCUAUGGGCUUUUAAGGUUGUUACCUGGAUCUACAGCCGCAUUUUCGACCUCCCGUUCUAUAGUCUUGUCCCUUACGUCAGCGAGCGUCUUUUCCUUGAAACAGAUUUUGAGAACGAAGCCGACAACUCGGAAAUGAUGGCCAAGCUUGUCGCGGGGGAGUCUCGCCUUCGUGACCGCGUAUACGUUCCGAAAGUUUGGCGUGAGCUGAGCUCUAAGCGCGUCAUGACAGCGGAGUGGAUUGAGGGAGUACGGCUCUGGGACAAAGAUGCUAUCACACGCACCUGGCGCGGAGGCUGGCGCGAGGGAAGCCCCGGCUGUGGCGGAACACCACUGGACUCCCCGCGGGCCAACAGAUCCGCACCCGCACGUUCAAGCUUCAAGAUCAAACCGGAGCGCAACGACUGGAGGGGCAGGAACGGCCGCGGCGGCCUCGGCCUGUCACUGAAGGAGGUAAUGACAACAAUGGUAGACCUCUUCUCAGCGCAGAUGUUCCUUUGGGGCCUGGUUCACUGCGACCCUCACCCGGGCAACAUCUUCAUCCGCCGCAAGCCCAACGGCCAUUCCGAGCUUGUCCUUAUCGACCACGGUCUCUACAUCCACAUGGAUCCCGAGUUCCGACAUCAAUACGCGCGCUUCUGGAAGGCCCUCCUCACUUUCGACAACGCCACCAUUAACGAAAUCGUCAAGGGCUGGGGUGUCAAUAACCCGGACAUUUUCGCCUCGGCAACUCUUAUGAAACCAUACCGCGGCGGCAACCUUUCUACGCAGCAAGGGAUUGAACGCCUUAGCAAAGCUGAGCGCGCUCAGCGCCACUAUGAUAUGCAACAAGCCAGCCGCAAAGCCGUCCGAGAGAUCCUAGGCGACGAAACCAAAUGGCCCCAGCAGCUUAUCUUCAUCGGCCGUAAUCUGCGCAUCGUCCAGGGGAACAACCAGUUCCUGGGAUCGCCAGUGAACCGUAUCAAGAUAACGGGCUUGUGGGCUUCACGGGCGCUGGUUGAGUCGCCGGAUCUUCGUCUGACCGAGAAGAUUCGUAACUAUGGCCGCCAUUUGCUUUUCCGUGUCGUACUUUUUUCUAGUGACCUAUUCUUUUGGUUUACGAAGGUGCGACAGUUUCUCCAUCUGGGCGGUGGCAUGGAGGAUGAUCUUGAGGCGCAGAUGCAGUCUGUGGCAAAGGAUAUGGGGGUGGAAUUGAACCAUAGUAUUUUUGAGGGGUGA